CACGAGCAUGCGCAGAGGCUCCGUUUCUCGGCGUUUCCGUGUUGUUUCGUGUGUCAGCAGAUUGAGACGGCUCAUCGCGGUUGAUGUGUUGCUGUCACUCCUUUUCAUCUCGUUGAGGAUUAUGUGUUGUGUUCUUGGUGUGAUUUUUGCUGCACCCACUUGGAUUAUUAAAUAGGAACCAAAGAAGAAGAAGACAAGAGAUGAAGAGCAAAAUCAGCAGCGCUCAAGUGAAUGUGAAGAGGCGGUCCUGGUCCUGGCAGCAGUACCUAACUGAGCAGAAGGCUGAAGCUGCUCCGCUCACAGUCUUUACCGAGUCCCAGACCUUUCCUAGUAGAAAAACUGGUUUUAAAGUUGGGAUGAAGUUGGAAGGCAUUGACCCAAUGCACCCCUCCAUGUUUUGUGUGGUGACCGUUGCAGAGGCGAUUGGCUGUCGGCUACGCCUUCAUAUUGAUGGGUACUCAGAGUGUUAUGACUUCUGGGUAAAUGCAGAUUCACCCAAUAUUAGACCGGCAGGCUGGUGUAAAGAGCACAACCACAAGCUUCAUCCACCUAAAGGUCACAGUGAGACAGAGUUUGACUGGCAGCAGUACCUUCAGUCCACAGACUCUCAGUCUGCACCAGCAGCCCUGUUCACAUGUUGCACUGGAGGAUGUGGGUUCAGGGUGGGGAUGAAAUUGGAGGCAGUCGACAGAAAGAAUCCUGGACUUGUCUGUGUCGCCUCUGUUGCUGAUGUCAUCGAUGACUGCUUCCUUGUUCACUUUGACAACUGGGAUGACACAUAUGAUUACUGGUGUGACAGUAGCAGUCCAUACAUCCAUCCGGUGGGCUGGUGUGAAGAACAGGGACGACCUCUUACUGCGCCACAGGGUCACCCCAACCCUGAAAACUUUGUUUGGGAGGAAUACCUUCAGGAGACCGGUUCUACUGCUGCUCCUAUUUCAGCCUUUACUCUGAGAGCGCCACAUGGUUUCCAGGUGAACCAUAAGCUUGAGGCAGUUGACAGGAGAAACCCUAUGCUAAUACGUGUUGCCACAGUAACAGACACAGAGGACUACAGGGUGAAGAUUCAUUACGAUGGGUGGUCGACACAGUUCGAUGUGUGGUGUGACAGCGACCUCUGCGACCUGCAUCCUGUUGGCUGGUGUCAGCGCACUGGACAUCCACUGGAACCCCCCCCAGGUUUGUCCCACCUGCCCUCCCCCUCUCAGGGAGUAUGUCCUACUGCAGGCUGCAGAGGAGUCGGACACAUCAAAGGAGCCAAAUACACUGGACACCACAGUGCCUUUGGCUGUCCAUAUUCUGACAUUAACAUGCGUAAGGAGAUGGUGCUUCCUGAUAGGCUGGGCGGAGAACGAGUCAUAACCCUCAUACCUGUCACCGUGCGCCAGCAUGACAACCAGUCAGACAGCACGAGCUUUCAGAAGGCAGAACCCAGAGACGAGGAGCUGCUGGUUCCUCUUGGCAAGAGAAGAAGGCUGACAGACAGAACCACCCGAAUGCCCCAGCCAACCACAUUCCUUCGUGUGAAACAGGAAGAGGAGGAGCCUCAUCUCAGAGUCCUCAGCCCAGAAUCCAGUCUGCAGGCCGCCCUCCACCAGUCUGUCUUCCUCUCAGCCAUGUCAGCACAGCCCAGCCGCGACCUGUCACUAUGCUGGGAGCAACACCGCAAAUUGUUGCCAGGUGUCGCAGGAGUCCACGCUGAGACUGUCCAACACUGGAGCGUCCAACAGGUGUCAGAUUUCAUAGAGUCUCUCCCCGGCUGUGAGGAACAGGCCAAACAGUUCAGAGACGAGCAAAUUGAUGGACGGGCCUUCCUCCUGCUCACCCAGCGGGACAUCAUCCGGAUUAUGUCAAUCAAACUCGGCCCUGCCCUCAAGAUCUACAAUUCCAUCCUGAUGUUCAAACACGCUGAGGACAGAAGCCGAUCACAUGCUAAGGAUAGGAGCCAAUCACAUGUUGAGCAUACCAAUACUUGACAUUUGCAGCUCGUAACUGACCAAAUCCAAACCUGAUAGACCCCAUUACCAUGGCAUCUACCCCUUAUUCUCUGAUCCGGACGAGCCAUGUUUUCCAUCCUGUUGUCACCUGAAUUUGUUUGACGUUACAGUGACCUUUCUGUUGGCAGGUCCUGUGACGUCAUUUCGACAUUCAGUUACUGUCAUCAUUAUCACUUCAUGUGAAAACAACCAACCGUCACUUAGGGAAACUGCCCUUUGGAUGGGGCACAGCUUUAUUCAGGUGAACUAAAAACUGGAGGCAAAGCUUUAAGUGGGGCUUACAACUUGUAUGAUCAGCAGUGGCAGUUCUGCCAGGAAACAUGGCUGUGCUCAGUUGAUUGUCUGAGAUGUUCAAAAAAAAAAUCUGCAUCAAAACAUCUUGAGAUAGAUUUCUCCGUUUUGUUAUUUUAUCUGUAAAUCAGUCCUGGGAAGUAGUUUCACCGUUAUCUGAUCCAAGUUGCUUUAUUUGAUCAUAUUUACCUGUAAUGUUAAGAUAUCAGGGAAAAAAAUCAAAACACACAUGUCAAAUUAAAAAAGGCCCCAUCAGAACAUUAAACAGACUGCGCUACUCAGA